AUGUGCCCAUCAUUAGCAGUAGUUGCUCUAUUAGCAGCACAGUAGUUUAGAUUUUAGAAGCACAAUUGCUUAAUUAUGUUUACAUAUGGAACGCACUGUUAUUCAUUAUUCAUUGAAAGUUAAUCUCAUUCAUUCAUUCAAGUUUGCUUAUGUUUCUUAAUUUUUUGCAGUUUUUCUGAUCUCUGAUCUCUCGGAUUCGAGAAAGUUUGUGUAGGGCGCAGCAAGUAGAUGCAGGAUGUAACCUGAAAGGAAGUUUGUUUUAUCAACAAGUUGCAAUUUUGUUAUCAUAUGCGAAACAAUUAAGAGAUAUCCGAUGAUAAAUCGAUGAUUAUCAAAAAUAUAAAUAAAGGAAUUGUUAUCUUAACGAUUUGAUGUAAAAAAUGCCAAAAACAACUGCUUCGUAAUUCUGUAAUGGAAUUAAAUAAAAGUCAUGAUAUGUAUCAAAUUUUCAUCAGUGGUUACCGUUUGGCGAACGUGUCUCAUGGAAAACCCUAUUAUGUUUAUGCUGUCGAAAUGGUAGAUUCAAACAAUGGAUUCAGAUAUUUGGUGGAAAAGAGAUAUAGUGAAUUUAAUACUCUUCAUCGUAUGUUAAAAAAAGGCUGUCAUACAGCCCCAUUCCCUCCAAAGCGAGUGAGAAAUUCAAAUCCAAAAGUUUUAGAACAAAGAAGAAGCGCUUUAGAGAUUUAUAUGCAAAAGAUGCUGAAGUUGGCCAAUACGAAGCAACAAGUUCUUAAUUUUUUAGGUAUCGACGACUCAGCUUCAGAAAUGUACCAUAAAGGCAUGUUAAAAAUUUAUAAAGACGAAGCCAUUAUUCAAUCUGGUUCGCUUCAACACCAUCCAGUAUUAACAUUUCAUUGUGACCCAUAUGUUCAUGUGAAUCAGACUACUAGUCUUCCAGAUGUUGUGACAAAUGGAGUAAUUUUAGGUAUAUAUAAGUCUUAAGUAAUUUGUAUUAAAUGUGAUAAAUUAUACAAAUAAAUUAACUUUUACAAUGUGUA